CGUCUCCGCCGCCAUGGUCAUGGAUGCCCUCGUCUACCACCCGGCCGUGAGCCACUACAACCGCUUCGUUGCGACGACGAUCGGCAGGGAUAAGGCUCUCCGAACGCUUCAGUACUUUGCCCGCUUCCUCGCAUGGUACACCUACCGCACCAACCACCCCGCAGCAACCGUCGCGAUCUUUGAAGCGGUUAAGAAGAACUUCGGAAGCGUGCGCAAGGCCAUGCGCCUCGGCAAGUUCGUAGAGCAUAUCAAGGCAGCUUCAGUCGCCGCCGAUGCCAAAUCGAUGGACCCGAUUCUCCGAUUCCUGGCAGUGGGCAGACAGCUAGGGUAUGCGGGAUAUUUAUUCAUGGACAACCUCGCCUACUUCGACCAGUCCGGCAUCAAGAAGUUCGAGGCGGCCGCGAGAUUGCAGAAAGAAGCUUAUCGCGCGUGGCUGGCGGGCUUGCUAUGCAAUGUCGCAGCGGGCAUCUACACGCUGUACAACCUCCAGAUGGCGGCGCGAAAGCAGGCUGAUAGCCAGGACGCGGAGAAAGCGGUGGAGGCGAAGAAGCUGCAGAAGGAACGCAGCGCGGUGCAAUUACAACUCGUGUCCGACCUUUGCGAUUGUACCGUUCCGAGUAGCGCUCUGGGAUACGCUAACUUCGACGACGGCAUUGUUGGCUUAGCAGGCACCUUGAGCAGCUUGAUCGGCCUGUUCGCUGCAUGGAACAAGACGUUGUGAACCUGUCAACAAGCGAGAACUGUUUGUGGAGGUCAAUUUGGCUUAUCAGUAUCUGGUGGUCUUAGCGUAGCUCAACGCUCUCCUAGUAAUGACGAAGUCAAUCUUAUCCUGCGGAAUAUGGAUCUGGUUCAAUCUUCUUACGGUGAAUGCCGCUCACGCA